UACAAGAAGAGGAGCAUCGAGCCCCCGGAUUCACUGCUUCCUUCGGCGGCUCUGCUGUCUGGUAUCCUGCUACCGUCCUGUCCCGCUGAGCCAGUGCUGCCGCUGCUACCGACACCUCCGCUGCACAACGCGGGAGACGCCAGCGAGCUGGUGAUUGGAGCCUUAGCUCCCGAGCACCCAGCUCUGCCCCCGGAACCCAGGCUGCCGUCCCUCCUGUUCUUGCUGCCAGAGAGGAGCCAUGAGCUGCACCCUGAAUGGCCUCAUCCCCUUGGGGCUGCUGGUGCUGGUCUGUGGGGCCCGAGGCUUUUUCCUGCCCAAUGUCACACGCUUAGAGAAGCUGCUCAGUAAGUACCAGCAGGACGAGCCCCAGGCCCGGGUCCGCAGGGCCAUCCCCAGGUCGGACCAGGAGGAGAUCCUCAUGUUGCACAAUAAGCUGCGGGGCCAGGUGCACCCUCCGGCCUCCAACAUGGAGUACAUGACCUGGGAUGAAGAGCUGGCGAGGUCGGCGGCAGCAUGGGCCCACGAGUGCAUCUGGGAGCACGGGCCCACCAGUCUGCUGGUGUCCAUUGGGCAGAACCUGGCUAUCCACUGGGGCAGGUAUCGCUCUCCCGGGUUCCAUGUGCAGUCCUGGUAUGACGAGGUGAAGGACUACACCUACCCCUAUCCCCAUGAGUGCAACCCCUGGUGCCCAGAGAGGUGCUCUGGGGCCAUGUGCACCCACUACACACAGAUCGUUUGGGCCACCACCAACAAGGUCGGCUGUGCUGUGAACACCUGCCGGAGGAUGAACGUCUGGGGGGACGUUUGGGAGAACGCGGUCUACCUUGUCUGCAAUUACUCUCCAAAGGGAAACUGGAUCGGAGAGGCCCCAUACAAAACCGGCCGGCCCUGCUCCGCGUGCCCGCCCAGCUACGGAGGAGGCUGCAGGAACAACUUGUGCUACCGAGAAGGGAGUUACGACCAGAAACCCGAGACGGAUGAGAUGAAUGAGGUGGAGACAGCUCCGGUUCCUGAAGAGAAACAUGACUGGAUCCAGCCGAGGGUGAUCAGACCCAAGAAAACAUCUGCUGUGAACUACAUGACCCAAGUCGUCAGGUGUGACACCAAGAUGAAGGACAAGUGCAAAGGGUCCACGUGUAACAGGUACCAGUGCCCAGCAGGCUGCUUGAACAACAAAGCAAAGGUGUUUGGAACUCUCUUUUACGAAAGUUCCUCCAGCAUAUGCCGCGCGGCCAUCCACUACGGGAUCCUGGACAACAGGGGAGGCCUGGUGGACGUCACCAGGAACGGGAGGGUCCCCUUCUUCGUCAAGUCUGAGAGGAACGCUGUGGAGUCUUUGAGUAAAUACAAGGCGUCCAGCUCAUUCACGGUGUCAAAAGUAAAAGUGCAAGACCUGGACUGCUAUGCCACCGUCGCUCAGCUCUGCCCAUUUGAGAAGCCAGGGACCCACUGCCCAAGAGUUCAUUGUCCGGCGCACUGCAAAGACGAGCCGUCCUACUGGGCUCCUGUUUUUGGAAGCAACAUCUACGCAGACACCUCUAGCAUCUGCAAGACCGCAGUGCACGCGGGUGUCAUCAGGGACGAGAGUGGGGGCUACGUGGACGUGAUGCCCGUCGAUAAAAAGAAGACGUACGUGGGCUCGCUCAGGAACGGGGUCCAGUCUGAGAGCUUGAGGACCCCUCGAGACGGAAAGGCCUUCCGGAUCUUUGCUGUCAGGCCGUGAACUUCCAGUGCUGGGGAGAAGGGGGGUCUUCCAGAGGGCUUCUGGGUUUCGCUUUUUAUUUUUAUUUUAUCAUGUUGGGGUGGGCUGGGGACGUGGAGUGGCAGGAAACUUCCUCUGAGUGGCGUUCAGUGUCACAUCCUCCAUGCCUUGUCUCUCCUCUGUGCGGGGAGAGACAGCAUCUCCCGGAGCCUGGCCGGACAGUGGGUGACCGGUCCUGCUGAGGCCUGGGGGCUCCCUCUGAUGCCCCCUCUGCACACACAUGGUCACCCAAGAGGGCCCUUCCCAUGUGUUCUUCGGUGGGGGGAGAGGAUUCCAAAUCCUCAGAGGGAGCACCAGGCACGGAGCUCACAGUGCAAGGCCAUCUGGGGCACAGGAGGCGGCACACUGAGCACACACAGGGGAGUUUCAGGAAUGGGGUAGAAGGUAGUUAUUUAAAAAAUGUAAAAGCACAGUCCAUCCCUACCAAUGGAGAAAAACGAGUUUAAUGUUUGCUGGUCAGACAAAUGGGCCACUCGGGGGCUGGGGAAGUGAGGCUCAGGCUCCGCCCUGGCCCCCCGUCCUGGCUGGCGCCCUGCCCCGAGCAGGCUGGCUCUCUACACAGCAGUGCUGGUUUUUUUAGAGUUCUGUAGUAACUCCGGAGAUUUAUCUUGUCUUUGUCCUUCCGUUUGUCCACGUGGCCCGUCUGUUCGCUGCGGUGACGUUUGGUCUCGUUGAGGACUAAUGAACCAGGAUCCUUUCUUCGCCCCCUGCCCACUGUGGCUCACCUCCAGCCCGGGCUGGUUUGUGUGUCAUAGUUCACACCAGGGUCUUUGCUUCGCGAGUGAUUCUGUUUGGAGCCCACUUAAAAAAAAAACAAAAACAACUCUUAGUCUCUGUUGGUUUCACUGAGGUGUCUAAGAACAGCCCGAGAAGAGCUGUUCAGUUGCUGUUUUUUUGACAAUGACAAUUAAAUGUGCAGAUUGCCCCUCUGUUUGGACGACCUGGUUUUCAGCAGAGGGAGGAAUGGAUUCCUUAGUGCCUUCUUCGCCGAGGUUAGCAGCUCUGGGAAGAGGAACAGUCUGUGGUUAUGAAAUCGUCCUGCGGCGUAAUAACCACAAGAGAGGGCAACACUCUAGAAGGAUUUCUCUUCCUGUUUGUGUGGAACGACUCUUGCCAAAUGUUCCCGAGGCUCCGAGGAGUGUGGUGCUCUCUGGCUCCCAUCACUUUAUAAAAGUUCUUCAUAAGCCCAGACCAAAACCCACAGUGAAAUAAAAUACCCUUUUGUAAAUAGCGUUUCUUUACAGAAGGUAAAAUUCCACCCUCCAGCACCAGGCUGGCUGAUAGAUCGCUUUUGCGAGUGCCAGUUUCGAAUUCGAUUUCACUCUUCAUCAAAAUAUUUCGGAGGCAAAGGAAUCAGCAGGGGCGGGGUAACAUGGUGCAUUCUUGAGUGCAUUCCUAAUCAAUGCAAAAACUGAAGGUAAAGAGCUUCUCCCCUCCCACUUCAGGGAGUCUGCAUCAGCAGUGGAGCUCCUUGCUGGGCAGAUCUGAAAUGAGUGGGCUGGUGCUUUCGCUGUGUGCCUUGUGGGUCUGCAGUAAUUCACAGGUUCUGACUGUUCAACCCAAAUGUCAGAGCGAAGGAGUCUGGUCAGCUUGUCAGACAUCGUGUCUGGUUGCCUACAAAGCUCUGAGGCACUUGGAAACUUCCAGAUAUUAUGUGUUGGACUUCUGCUGGUCACCAGCCUUUUGUGGCUGCGGCCGUGCCUGCAUCGAGCCUGCAGUGAGCCUGCAGUGUGGGGUUUGGGAAUUAGUGACCGUCCCGGGGGAUGUCAGUGGGCUUGCUUUUGCCGCCUCCCACCCGUGCCAGAGUCUGGCGUUUCCAGAGCGAGCGGACCCCCUCAUUUUAAAUUACGUUCCCGGCUUCCUGCCUGUCUCAGUACGUGGGCCCAUCGCCGGGACAGAAAGUCCUCUCCCAGAGCCAGAUUUGUGUCUUUUUCAUCCUCACAAACAUUUUGAAACUGGAAACAUUUUUCUGUGGGAAAUGAAAACUAAGACUAAAAUUAUAAGCCCUGUAAUCAGGGGCCACCCCUAAUUUUGUGUUUAACGGGGCCCGUUGUGCCGUUAGCACUUAACCCGUAAAAAGAUGGCCCGUCGGGCCGGCGGCAUCUCUGGGUCUCCUGCCCCCAAGGGACGAGUAUCAGUUGGCUCCAGAUUCCUGUCCCAUCCUGUUCUGACAUUUCGCAGUGUCUGCAGGCUCACUCAGCCCGCAGCUUACAUGUGUGCUUUUUUUCUAUGAAAAAUGACAUAUUUUACUACUUCCUAUGAACAAACGUUUAUUGUAAAAAAAACCAAAACAUUGUGCUUUGCAUGAACAGGGACCACAUUGCUGUUGUUUCAAUAAAACUGGUUUCAUUUCUAAAACAUUUCUGUGAUGUAUCUUUUAUGGACAAAUCUGAAGAGUUUGUGCAAUAAAACCUUUGAAACCUCCUC